ACAUGGCUGGUGUAACUAAGGUCUCCGUGGUUCUGGCCUUGUUGGCCAUGUUAGCUGCCUGGCGUUACUUUCCUCCAGUUCCUGACAGCAUUGAGGAAAAAGGGAAGUUCAGAGGACUGAUUUUUAGCCUCAAAUUGCAAGAUGAUCUGGCCGCUAUUCUAGAAUCACUCGGUCUCACAACCAAGCUUUCCUUAAUGAGGGCUAUGCAGAACAUUCUGAAUGUUAAGAUGGAGGAUCCGUCGGUCAAAGUCACUGACACUACAUUUGCUGGGGUCAAGGUUCGACUGUACGAGCCGACAGGUAGGAAGAAGGCUGGGAAGGGUCCUGGACUGGUCUAUUAUCAUGGAGGGGGGUUCUGUGUGUUGAACGUGGACUCGCAUCACCACAUAACCCUUCACCUGGCCAAGACCCUGGGUGUUGUGGUUGUGUCUGUGGAUUACCGGCUAGCUCCGGAGCACGUCUACCCCGCCGCGCUCGACGACUGCAUGGCCGCCACCAAACACUUCAUCAACAACGCUGAGAAGUACGACGUGGACCCGUCUCGUGUAGCGGUGGCCGGCGACAGCGCGGGGGGUCAUCUCUCAGCGACUGUAUCCCUGAAGCUAAGCCAGGAGAAUUUCAGGCCCAUGCCACGACUCCAAGCUCUGAUUUACCCCGCGACGCAGUUUGUGAGUUUCAACACUCCCUCUUACAGGCAAAGCGGCCAUCUGUUCACCUUAUCCAACAAAAGAACUGCUUUCUUCAAGUCAAACUAUCUGGCUGGUGACAAGUCUCUGAUGCAGACAUUUCUCACCAACGAAAACCUUUCAGACAAGUUCAACUCCUCCCACUAUGCAGAUUAUCUCGACCCACACCUUAUCGACCCCAAGAUUCCGCCCCGCCCGCCGGGAAAGAAGAUGUCUGCGGAAGAAGUCGGGCCGAACCCAAGACAUCUCCUCGACCCGUACAUAUCUCCACUCAUGGCAGAAGAGACUGACUUGAGGGGACUACCCAGGGCGUACAUAGUCGUCUGUGAACAUGAUUCCAUCCGAGAUGACGGCAUUUUUUACAGCAAAAGGCUGGAGAAGGCAGGCGUACAGGUUCAACUGAAGCAUUACAUGUCAGGCUUUCACAUGGUGUUCCAGUUAUUUGAUUAUGUACCAGAGUUUGGUAGGUUUAAGGUAGGACAGGACAUGAUGGAGGAUCUUAAAGAACACCUCUAG